AUGGCAAAAACGAAAAUAUGGCAAAACGCAAAUAUGGGAAGAAUGCAAAUAUGGGAAAAACGCAAAUAUAGGAAAAACCCAAAUAUGGGAAAAACCAAAAUAUGGCAAAAACGCAAAUAUGGCAAAAACGCAAAUAUGGCCAAAUAUGAGAAAAACGCAAAUAUGGGAAAAAAGCAAAUAUGGGAAAAACCAAAAUAUGGAAAAAACCAAAAUAUGGAAAAAACGCAAACAUGGCAAAAACGCAACUAUGGCAAAAACGAAAAUAUGGCAAAACGCAAAUAUGGGAAGAAUGCAAAUAUGGGAGAAACGAAAAAAAAAUUUAGGAAAAACCCAAAAAUGGGAAAAACCAAAAUAUGGCAAAAACGCAAAUAUGGCAAAAACGCAAAUAUGAACAAUUAUGAGAAAAACGCAAAUAUGGGAAAAACGCAAAUAUGGUUAAAACGCAAAUAUGGGAAAAACCAAAAUAUGGGAAAAACCAAAAUAUGGAAAAAACCAAAAUAUGGAAAAAACGCAAACAUGGCAAAAACGCAAAUAUGGCAAAAACGCAAAUAUGGCAAAAACGGAAAUAUGGCAAAAACGCAAAUAUGGCAAAAACGCAAAUAUGGCAAAAGCGCAAAUAUGGCAAAAACGCAAAUAUGGGAAAAACGCAAAAAUGGGAAAAACGCAAGAAAGGGCAAAUAUGGGAAAAAUGCAAAUGUGGGAAUAACGCAAAUAUGGGAAAAACGCAAAUAUGCCAAAAACGCAAAUAUGGCAAAAACACAAAUAUGGGAAAAUCGCAAAUAUGGCAAAAACGCAACUAUGGCAAAAUCGCAACUAUGGCAAAAAACGCAACAAUGGAAAAAAACGCAAAUAUGGCAAAAACGCAAAUAUGGCAAAAACGCAAAUAUGGGAAAAACGCAAAUAUGGGAAAAACACAAUUACGGGAAAAACGCACUUACGGGAAAAACGCAAAUCUGUGAAAAACGCAAAUAUGGGAAAACGUAA